AUGGAAGAAGAUCGGUAUGACGUUAGUGCAAAAGGUUUUGCUAUGAGAUUGAGGGAAAUGGAAAAAAGGCAGCGAAUCAUUGCUGAGAAGUUGAUGAAUGAUAUCCUUUUCGAGGGUGAAAUGGGUAGCUUGACAUUAAACCAUAAGUUAACAACAACAGCAGAAGAUACAUCAAGCUGUUACGCGCGAAAUCAUAGUUCAAAUUCAAAUUUUAGUACAAAUUCUAAUUUGAGUUCUUUUUCUGAAAAUGGUGUCUACGUGUAUCAAGAAAAUGAUGAUAUUGCUACUAAUCAACAACAAACUCAACCAGAAAAUGCUGCUCAUUAUAUAACUAAUUUUAUAAACUCUCUUGAAAACUAA